AUGGCGAGAAGUAUAGAUGAUGUGUCGCACAUGCUUGUUCAAGCAAAACAAAAUGAUGAGGAUGUGCAUUUAUUAACUCAAAUUUUUUACUAUCCGUCCGAAAUAAAAUGUAGCGAAAAUAAAGAAAAUUUUAAGUUAAUGCAAAUUGACGAAGAACUUAUUAAAAAGUUAGAAAGUGGAGAAAGACUGAUUUUCAAAGGCAGCAAUGACGAAAAAGUAGUUUUAUGCACUGAGAAUGAAACCUACGAAGUCAAAGAAGGAGAAAUAUCAAACUCAUUAUUAGUAUGUCCAAAUUUAUUGUUUGGUUCAGACGUUAAAAAUUCAGAAAAAAAUGAGAGAACAUUAACUGAACAAAAGAUUUUUGGAGUUCAGCACAGUUAUUUAGAAUUUAGGCCUACAUUUCCUAGAUUUGGCAAAUUGAAAUCAAUACUUUCCCAAGCAAAUUAUUCUGGGCCAGACAACGAUGAAGAAAGUCAUAAAGGGUUUUAUUUCUGUGAAUUAUUAGAUAAUGUUCAAUGUAGUAGAUCUGAACUUUUAGCUCAACUGGAAGAAAUUAAGGCAAUUAAAUUGGAAGACAAAUGGAGACUUCUAAGUUUAGAUUAUUUAGUUGAAAUCUUUUCUCAUCUUAUGUCUGAAAUGGAAAAGAAUAACUGGACCAAAAUCCAUGUAUUAGAAUGCAAAAAAAAUUUAGACUUAUUUGUGCCAGAUGUAAUAUUGGAACAUGUUUUUAAACAUUACUCGAAAAACUAUGUCAAAGAUCAAAUAUGGUUAGAACUUGAUGAAUAUUUGAUUAGCAGAUGUUUUGCUCAAGUUUUGUUACAAACAGCAGAAGGAAAAUUUAGUUUCGAUGAAUUUAUUAUGGCUUGGGAAAAUUGUUUAAGUCCAGUAAUAAAACCAAAUUUAAAUUAUUUAAAAGGAUUAGCUUUAAUUGAUAAUGAGAGUGAAUUAAAUAAAGUUAUUCAUUUAUUUUUGGAAGAAGAUUUACCUGAGAAUAUACCUGAAAGAUUUAGACUUCUUUUUAAAAAUAAAGAAAAAUGGACUUUAGAAGAAAUAACUCCAUACAUUCAAAAAUUAACAACAAAAACAGCAAAUGUUAAUUCCUUGCUUACUAAAUUUGCGAGAUGCACCAACGUAAAAGGACUCAAAGUUUUCACGGCCAAAUAUGCAAAGUGA